AUGGUAACCAGCCAGAAAGAUAUCCCUAAGCGGGUGAAAUCGUAUCAAUUUGCCCCCAGUACUAUCCAGGGAUGGAAUGAUUGUCCUGAAUUGCCGCUUUCAAAAUCUUCGAACCGCCGGUCACGGCCUAGACGAGCUUCCAGCUAUGCGUCGUUUCUAGAUGUCGAGCAGCCACGAAAGGGAACUGGUUCCACAAAUCGUUUGUCCAGUGCCACGAGACCUCCAAAGAUAAGCAAAUUCAUUGUAGAAAGCAGUUCGGAAUCUCAUGAACCUGUUGGCAAUCUCUCCAUAGACGUUCAAUCUAGUCUUGACGCACUCCUCUCCAAAAAGACUACUCUGCCCUUAGAUGCGUUCAAUUUUUACUCAGCGAGACUCGGUGACAAGUCCGUCCUGACCUCAGAGGACAACAGACACCUUUCAGCAUCAAUUAUUGAGGAUAUCAAGAAUGGUCAUGAUAAAAUAUACAUAAAGAAUCGGAUUCUAGAGUUUAUGAAGGUACAUGCGGGUAUGAACGGAAAGUUGGCUCCAUCUGCUAUGAAAUCUUCUUUAGGAAAGUCGUCUCUUCCUCUUCUUUUUGUUUGCUGCGCUGGAAUCUACUCCUCCUUUCUUACUUGGUCCUAUUUGCAGGAGAAGAUUUCUUCGAAAAACUACUCGGUCGAUCUCGAUCAGCCUGCUUAUUUCAAAGCUACCUUGAUCAUCAAUGCGGUCCAGUCAUUUUUUGCCAUUAUUGUUGGUACUGCAUACUUGUCUAUAAAGAACAAAGCAGUGUCUAAUCCUGUCUCUUUUCUCAUCUCCAACCCUGAACUUUUCUCCAAGUUCUCACUCAUAGCUCUAUCUCAAUCUGUGUCUUCUCCUAUAUCAUACCAAUCGUUGAACCAUGUCGACUACCUUUUCUAUCUUCUAGCAAAAUCAUGCAAAUUAAUUCCCGUUAUGCUGAUUCAUUGGUUGAUUUAUGGUUCUCGGUUUCCCUUAUACAAGUACAUCGCCGCUUUCGUCAUCACUCUAGGAGUCAUAAUUUUCACUGUUGGUGAUGGAAAGAGCCGCGGCUCCGCCUUAUCCAAUGAUGGCCAAACCCUUACAGGUUUGCUUCAGCUAAUGGUAUCAUUGAUGCUAGAUGGUUACACAAAUUCGACGCAGGACCAACUCUUCAAGCAGUCUUCAUUACCGUCUCGUAGAAAUAAAGAGCCUAUGACUGCCGGUCAUCUAAUGGCAGUAUUGAAUCUCCUUAAUUUCACAAUGACAUUUGUUUAUCUUGUUGCUUUUACCAACCAAUGGCAGCAGUUUACCGAUUUUGUGGCUACAAACGGUAAAGAAGUGCUGCUUGAUAUUGUCUGUUUUGGACUUCUCGGAGCUUUGGGCCAGGUGUUUAUCUUUAUUACCCUUGAACAGUUCAGUUCAAUUGUUCUAGUAACCGUUACAGUGACCCGAAAAAUGCUUUCUAUGUGCCUCAGCGUAUUCUUAUUUGGUCAUCAACUGCGCUGCAAUCAAUGGGUUGGACUCGGUUUGGUCUGCACUGGCAUCUUAACAGAAUCGGCGUACAAGAUUAUCAGGAUUAAACCAAAGGCUAAGAGAGAGUAA